CGGGGAAAGUGGAUUCUUAGCAUUGUCCUCUCCAAUGUCCGUGCGCUAACGACCUCCAAAUCUCAUCUCGCACAGAAUAUUAACGCACUCAGCGGACUCACUGUUGAAUGACAACUUCUGACCGGGAAAAGAGUCGAAGAUUUGUCUCCGGAUAGGACACGUGGUUCACCGAUUGUGCGUGAAAUUUCCAUCCAUGUUCAGUGGUUCGCUUUUGGUUUGACCUACGGCCGGAUAUUGUCACUUGUGGAUACACCAUGGUGAGUACUCUCGGCCAAGUUCCUUUUCUCGAAGAGACGACCGACUCGGGUUUCCCAUCAAAUAUGAGUACAUCCACUACGCAACUUCUGACCUCGACCGAGGCCUCAUCCAGCCUUCUGACGAGUGAGGUGGAGGGCCUCAAUUGGCCCAAGUUGAUUCGCACCUCACAGUUUGUCAUUGAGGGCCUGGGUAUCCUCACCAUUGGAUCAUUGGGUCUCUUCAUCAACGUGUUUGCUUUGUACAUUCUCUUUAAGAAGCAGGUGAUGCGGAAUUUCCAUCUCCUAAUGUGCUCGUUGGCCGUCUACGACUUCUUCCAUCUCGUUUUGGACAUCCUUUGCUUUGCUCUGCCGCAAUUCAGCGAGAACUAUCGCAAUGGGAUUCUCCUUCAUGCCAUCCCAUUUCUGAUCCCUAUCACUCAGAUCAUGCUCACAGCCUCGUGCUACACAACCGUCGCCAUCACCAUAGAGCGAUUCCUCUCCAUUCGAAUGCCGUUUUUCAUUCAGAAACACAACAUCAAGGCCAAGGUCUUCGUGAUCCCAGUCCUGAUUCUGGCCAUAGGGUACAACAUCCCUCGGUUUUUCGAGUUCACCGUUCUGUCCUUGUGCGAUUGGUCCAGUCUGUCGAAUUCUUCGUCGGUCAAUACUACUUUGUCCAACCAAUCCUAUCCUGAGCGUUGCGACCAAUUGGAAGAGGUCCAGUUCUACUCGUUGUCCAUUACUGAAAUACGAAAGAACCCGCUCUAUAUCAUGGUCUACGUGAAUUCCAUGAACCUGGUGGUCAACAUGAUCAUUCCAUUUUUGACCAUGGGCAUCAUGAACUACAUCAUUUAUCGGGCCAUGAACCAUUCCCAUAACUUGACGAGAGCUUCGAUCACAACUUUCAGAAGUAGUAGUACAAGUACUUUAGGGGGUGCUCAUCGUAUCAACGCUCAUCAACCGGAACAACGAAGGCCUACUCUCCAACGAAGGGCCUCUUCACUUCUCCUAAGGAAUUUCGGAUCCAGUCGGAACUCUGAUCAGCCGCAGCAGAACUUGCGGCGAAGUUGCGAGAACGUGCUACGGAAGCGCGAAGCCCGCAUCACUCGCGCUUCCAUCGCCAUCACGAUCAUGUUUGUCAUUUGCCACGUUCCGCGGUGCAUUCCUAAUGUGAUGGAGAUUCUCAGACCGGAAGAGUCGCCCAAAUGGAUUCCUAUCAUGAUAAAUAUCAACCAUCUAUUGAUCUCGGUGAACUCGGCCUUCAACUUCCUGUUCUACGUCAGUUAUUGCUGGGGAAAGCGAAAACAAGCCCGUCAUUCUAUCCCAGGCACUCAAACCACCAACACCACCAUUGCCAACGGGGCGGAAUGGGUCGAUGAGCUCACCGAGACCGCCCUCAAUACCGCCAUAGCUGCGGGUCAUAACAACCAUCGGAUUCUCAAUUCUGUGGUCAGCUGUCGAAGAGGUAGCGCCACUGUUCAUUUUACCGUCUAUCCAGCCAGUAUUAGGUUCAUUUAUACAUCUGCCGGUAACUUGAAUUCGAUUGAUCAGGCCUCCAACUCGACAGCCUCCGGAGGUCAAUAUGGGACGAUGUUGACGCCUCGAGUAUCGAGAAACUCACUUUCGGUCUCGGAUUUGGGCCAAGUCUGUAAUACAGUGGCCAAGAAGAACUCCAAUCCAAGCGUAUCAGAAUCGAGGAAACUCUCGAGCGCCUCGGGAUUGGGAAUCAAUGUCAACAAAUGAGCUCAUGUGACACCGAUGAUAGAAAGUGUUUGGCUUUGGUUGUUGUUGGGGCUUUCCACCACUGAUAGAGAGAUUUGGAAUUUAGAUUGUCUAUUCUGAUUAAUAUUUACAGAAGCCCAACUGUUCAGUAUUCUGAUUUCUUGAUUGUACACUUUACCGUUCCGAUCCUUGAGAUACACGCUGUAUUUGUGCUCUGGCAAUAUUUCAACUAAUUGGGAUAGAAAUGUCAUAGAAAUGUCAAUUCUCGACCGCACUUUAUGUAACCUCAUGCUGAUAUUUAUGGUCGAGACUAAAACAUCAAAUAUGCCUAUUAUCACUUAUUAAAAAGGAAUUAUAGUACCUGCUGUGUCAAAUGAGAUGUAUUGUCAAAGCUUCAUAACGUGAUCAAAUAAAUCAAUCCGGUUCAACGGAUGUUGACUUGUCUCUUA